AUGAAGGGCCUCAGCAUGAGCACACACGUGCUCUUCGACCAGUACAACCCUGAUUCCGAGAAGGGCACUGAUGUCCGUCAUUCGCUGGCCCAUCUCGACUACAGUCCCUUGAAGCGGGUGACAGGUCGCAGCUUGGCUAUGGGAGUCUUGAUCUCUAUGGGCGGCUUGAUUUUUGGUUAUGACACUGGCCAGAUCUCGGGAUUCCUUGAGAUGCCCGACUUCUUGGACAGAUUUGGUCAACGCAAAGCGAAUGGCGAGCCAUACUUCAGUGAUGUGCGUUCCGGUUUGAUUGUCGCUUUGCUAUCCAUUGGUACACUCAUCGGUGCUCUGAUUGCUGCCCCAAUUGCAGACAAGAUUGGUCGACGUCUGUCAGUCACUUUCUGGUCCAUCAUUGUCUCCGUCGGCUUCAUUAUCCAGAUCGCAGCCAAUACUGCAUGGUAUCAGGUCAUGAUCGGACGUUUCGUGGCCGGUCUGGGUGUUGGAGCUCUGUCUCUGCUAGUGCCCAUGUACCAAGCCGAAACUGCUCCGCCAUGGAUUCGUGGUGCCCUCAUCUCUACAUAUCAGCUGUUCAUUACCCUCGGUAUCUUCCUCGCCGCCUGUUUCAACUUUGGCACAUAUGAACAUCAACGCGCCAACUCUGGAUCGUGGAGAAUCGUCCUAGCUAUCGGGUGGGUCUACACCGCCAUUCUCGGUAUUGGAAUCUUGUUCUUUCCCGAGACACCACGCUACGACUAUCGUCGUGGCCGCGUUGACAAGGCUCGAGAGACCAUGAUUCAGGUCUUUGGCGCCCCUGCCCACCACUACGCCGUUCAUACUGAGCUGGAGGAGAUCGAAGCUAAGCUCCGCGCAGAGAACCAGAUCAAGCAUGGCCCCAUCCGCGAGUAUAUCAACAUGUUCCGUGCUCCACGCAUGGCUUACCGUGUUGCGCUUGGCGUGACCCUCCAGAUGUUCCAGCAACUCACUGGCGCAAACUAUUUCUUCUACUAUGGCACCACCAUUUUCAAGGGUGUUGGCAUCAACAACAGUUACGUGACCCAAAUGAUUCUCAACGGCAUCAACUUCGGCGUCACUUUCAUCGGCCUCUAUUUGAUUGAGCACUACGGAAGGAGGAAAUCCCUGAUCGCCGGUUCCAUCUGGAUGUUCGUCUGCUUCAUGAUCUUUGCUUCAGUCGGACAUUUCUCUCUCGACCAGGAAGAUCCCAGCCGCACAAAGUCAGCCUCGACAGCCCUCAUUGUCUUUGCCUGUCUUUUCAUCCUCGGUUUCGCCACCACAUGGGGUCCUAUGGUCUGGGCCAUCAUCGGCGAGUUGUAUCCUUCUCGAUAUCGAGCGAAGGGCAUGGCGCUUGCGACCGCAUCAAACUGGCUCUGGAACUUUCUCAUCGCAUUCUUCACUCCGUUCAUCACCAAAGCCAUCGAUUUCCGCUAUGGGUACGUCUUUGCUGCCUGCAAUUUCGUCGCCGCGUUGAUCGUGUACUUCUUCGUCAUGGAAGGUCAAGGUCGCACGCUCGAAGAACUCGACACCAUGUACAUCGAGAGAGUCAAUCCCAUGAAGAGCUCCAAGUGGGUUGCGCCCAGCAAGGAGGAGAUGAGCAGGAUCCGGAAGGAGGCCGGUACAGAGCUGCCGGUCGAUGGUGAUGCCGCCGGCGAUGUGGAGCAUAGGGGUGCCCUCAGUGGAGAGACGGAGCGGAAUCCCAUGGAAGAUCCGGUGCCCAAAUCGAACAAUGGCGAUGGAUUCGUCGGCCAUCGGGAGAGGGUUUGA